AAUGCGGGACGAGCAAGCUGGUUUGACCUGCAGUGUACAAGACAGGCCAACACGCAGGUUACUGUCAGACUUGGUGGCUUAUCUCUCUCAGCCGUGCACUGGGACUGGACUGGAAAAGUCAGUCGCACUGAGGAUGCUCGGCACCUGCUUAUAACUACAUAACUACACGGAGGCUAGCGUCACUCUGCCAAGUGAAAAGUGGAUGGAAAAAUCAAUGAUUAGGUGGCACUGACAGACUCGUUUCACCAGUUCCCACGACUUGGAGGUAUUCCUCCGCUCUUUCUCUGCGGUCUGCUAUGCUAGCCGAACUUCUUGCUAGCCUGCUGUAGCCUAUCUACUACAUUACCCUGCUGUAAAAAAAAAAAUGAAAAGGAGCGGCGCAUAUAGGUUUUUGUCAGUUUUCUCCUGCUUCGUCGUUUGCCUUUUCCUGUUUUUGUUUUGGUUCUUCGUCUUUUACUCAAUGGUGCUCGCCCCAUGAAGCUACAGAGAGACGCUAGCAGCUAGGCUAACACCGUUAGCAUCGGGAGAAACUGUCACCGGCUGUACCCACACUACAUCGCUUUAUUGACAAUCCGCCCGAUCACAUGAUCGUGACCAGGAAGUGAAGCUUUCUGUUUGCAUACCUUGGCAGUGUAGUCACAGUCAGCAAAGUCCCAAUGGCGUCUGGUGUCGCUGAAGCAGGGUCCUCGAGUGCAGAGCCCAAGCUGCAGUUUGCUCCCUUCAGCAGCGCUCUGGAGGCCGGCUUCUGGCAUCAGCUCACUCAGAAGAAACUUAACGAAUACAGGUUGGACGAGAGCCCCAAAUGUGUCAAAGGAUACUAUUAUAAUGGUGACCCAGUUGGUUUGCCCACUCGCCUGACUUUGGAGUUCAGUGCACUGGAUGUAGAUGUUGCGACCCCAGCACGCUGCUGUCCGGCUGUAGGGACCCUGUAUAACACCAACACAUUAGAUGCUUUUAAGACCACAGAUAAGAAGGCUCUGCUAGAGAAAGAGGCCAACGAGAUAUGGGAUGCCAUACAGUCUGGGGCUGCACUGAAGGACCCGUCCAUCCUCUGCAAAUUCAUUCUGCUGACAUUUGCAGAUUUGAAGAAGUACCAUUUCUACUACUGGUUCUGCUUCCCUGCCCUCUGUUUCUCAGAGGGGAUAAAGAUUCUCCAACAGCCUUCUGGACUAGAGAAGGUUUUUUCAGCCAAACAGAUCACAGCCUUGCAGGAGGCCUAUGAUGGGCUGUGUGUCAGCAGGGGAACCACAGCGGUUCCUUACUUUUUGAUGAAGUACACAGACGACAGUGUUCAGAUGGCUCUCCUAGGCGACUGGGACUCAUUCUUCACCGAUACCAAGAAGGUCACUGUGGGCGUGUAUGAUCCAUGCACUCUGUCUCAACAUCCGGGCUGGCCUCUGAGAAAUCUACUGGUGCUGCUAGCUCACCGAUGGGGUUCAAAGCUGGACACAGUGGAUGUGCUCUGCUUCAGGGACAGAACGCUCCAGGGCAGCCGCUCCAUUCAGCACAGUCUCAUCUUCCAGGUCAAACUACCUGAACUUCCCCUCAACUCAGUGUGUCCUAAGAGUGUGGGCUGGGAGAAAAACCCUAAGGGGGCAAUGGGACCCAGGAUGGUUAACCUCAGUGAAUGCAUGGACCCUAAAAGGCUUGCAGAGUCAUCAGUGGACCUGAAUCUGAAGCUAAUGAGGUGGAGGCUGGUUCCCUCCCUGGACCUGGACAAGGUGGUCAACACCAAGUGUCUGCUGCUGGGUGCCGGGACACUGGGCUGCAAUGUAGCCAGGACUCUGAUGGGUUGGGGAGUGAGACACAUCACCUUUGUAGACAAUGCAAAGAUCUCCUACUCCAAUCCGGUACGGCAGCCACUCUAUGAGUUUGAAGAUUGUCUGGGAGGCGGCAAGUCCAAAGCCAUGGCGGCUGUCGACCGCCUCACCAAAAUCUUUCCUGGUGUGAAUGCAGAGGGCUACAAUAUGAGCAUCCCCAUGCCAGGCCACCCAGUGAAUUUCUCUCAGGCUACUCUGUCUCAGGCCCAGAGGGAUGUUGAGCAGCUAGAGAGGCUCAUUGCUGAACAUGAUGUCGUCUUCUUGCUGAUGGAUACCAGGGAGAGCCGCUGGCUGCCCACAGUCAUAGCAGCCAGCAAGAGGAAGCUCGUGGUGAACGCUGCUCUUGGCUUUGACACCUUUGUAGUGAUGAGACACGGACUGAAGAAACCCCCAGCCAAUCACAAUGUUUCUGAGGCAGCAGACUCUUCACCUUCGUGUUCCUCUACUUCCUCUUCCUCCUCCACUCCUGCCGGCCCAGUGCCCUCUGUCCCAGGAUCCUCUCUGUUCUCCAACAUCCCGGGACACAAGCUGGGCUGCUACUUCUGCAACGAUGUGGUGGCACCUGGCGAUUCGACCAGGGAUCGGACUCUGGACCAGCAGUGUACAGUCAGCAGACCAGGCCUGGCCAUGAUCGCCGGAGCCCUGGCCGUCGAGAUGAUGGUAUCCAUUCUGCAGCACAGUGAGGGGGGUUACGCAGUGGCCAGCAGCAGUGAUGACAGAAUGAAUGAACCUCCCACCUCCCUCGGCCUAGUGCCACAUCAGAUCCGAGGCUUUCUGUCCAGGUUUGACAAUGUCCUGCCUGCCAGUCUGGCCUUUGACAAAUGCACCGCCUGCUCACCCAUCGUCCUGGACCACUACGAGAGGGAAGGUUUCCACUUCCUGUCCAAGGUUUUUAACUCUUCCCACUCAUUCCUGGAGGAUCUGACAGGGCUGACACUGCUGCACCAGGAGACACAGGCUGCAGAGAUUUGGGAUAUGAGCGACGAUGAGAGCAUCUGAGAAGGAGGAAGUCAGACAGAUCAUCGAAGUGACAACUGGAUCAUGAGAGACUGACUGAGGGAACCAAUGGACACUCCACUCCAUGCUUCUGCCAGUUUUGUUUUGUUUUGUUUUUUUGUUUGUAUGUUCAUUUGUUUAAAUCAGGAACCCCACAUCAGAGAGAGCAAAGACAAGAUGGAUUCUUGAUGAAUGGAUUCUGUUUGAUGUUAAACUUAAAUAAGGAAUGUGAAGUGUUUUUUUUCCCAGCCCUUUUAAUGAACAGUUUCGUCAUAAAGUGCUUUACAGACAGCAAGAGGCAUAUACAGGUAAAAAAAAAAAAAACAAGAGAUCCUAACAAAAUCAAGCACACCACACACCCCUCAACACAAAUAGAAGUUCUUCAGAAAGCCUGCUGGAAAACUUUAAAAACAC